AUGAGGGGAAGGCCAAAUCCUCGUCCUGGUCCCCGUAUUUCAUCAAGUUAUAUGGUUUGUUUAGUUUGUGCUUCCUGCAUAAAAUUUCAGUGUAACCAUCUUACAGGAAGGAAAGACCCUCGUGGUGCAACAUUGUUUGUCAUACCAACACCUGAACCCAAUUCUGAGGGGGAAAUAGAGGUAAAAUUAGUUCUUAUCCUUUCUCUACCAGAGACAUCUUUCUCAUCUUUCCCUGUGAAAGAAAAACAGCUUGAUCAAGUGUCUGAAGACAACCUCGAAGGAAUGGGAAUGGAGAUGAUAUCACAGAUUGCCCCCACCUCCGAACCUGAUAUCAUCCAGGGACCUGAUACGAAGAAAAACAGGUUGACAGUAGCCCCCCAAAACAAAGUUAUAAGCCAACAGCCCCAGGCUAUUGACUGGCUGCUGUAUGUUAAAAAAAGUAACAGUUCUCAACUGAAGUCCCAGAUUCCAUCUUCUUCUUCCUCUUCCUCCUCCUCUUCCUCCUCUUCCUCUUCCUCUCCCUCUGUACCCACCUCACCCUCUACUGUCAAAGAUGCCACCACAUCUACUUUAUCAGGUUGUGUGUUCACUAAGGUACUUAGUUACCACCGCUUGCCUCCAGGGGUCUCCUGGCUUGAGUUUAUAAAAAAUAAAAAUCACCAGCCACUUCCUGGAAAACCACACGAAAGUCAAUCACCAACUCCCAAAAUAAGGCCUAUGAGGAAUAGCGCCACAGUAAAAGAGACAAAGGGACCAAAUAUACUGUUCAAAUUUUUCCAGACAAAGUUUCAAAAUGAAAGAAAUCCUGAUUAA